AUGGCGCUCCGCAUCCAUUUUACAUCUGUCAUUUCUGCAAAGCUGAGCGAUGAGGUGAAAACUUCAGACGACGCCUAUCAAAACCUCUUAGAUGCCACCAAAGAAAAUGAAAACUUGACGAUGCAUCACAGUAAUCUGGAAGUCCAGAUAGACACUCUGAGAUGGAUCAACUCUGUCUUAUGGAACAACAUUACAAUCCUGACUGAAGAAAACUACCAGAUGAUGCAAGAAAAUCACACUUUAUGGGCAAAAAUGCAGCAGAUCAAGGAACAAAUAAAUCAAAUGAAGACAGAAAUCCAAAAGCUGAGAGCAGAAAACCAGCAGCUGAGAGGAUACCAGGUUACGACUCCUGGUCCAAACUGGACCUAUUCUAAAGUCUACGUCAGAAAAAAGAGGCAGACUGAACCUUGCCAGGCAGGAUGGCUUCACUUCCAGUCUAAAUGCUACUUGAUCUGUAGCCGUGACUCUCCUGAUCAGAAAACCUGGCAAGCAGCUCGAGACGACUGCAGAGAAAAGGAUGCAGAUUUGGUUGUUAUACAAAGUCCAGAGGAGCAGGACUUCAUCUGUAGCAGCAGUGCAGCUGGUUUUGGAGUCGACGGCUUCUGGAUCAGCCUCAGAGUUGAAGGCGGCAGCUGGAAGUGGCUCAACGGAAACGAUCUGACUGAAAACUACUGGAUACGACCACCUGCUGACAACCAGAACUGUGCGAUCGCAGUCAAAGACACCAGAGGAUGGAGAGCUGAGAGCUGUGAUGUUAGAAACGAAUGGGUCUGUGAGAAGGACGCUCUGCCAAACUGA